UAGCGCUUCCUUCAGGCACGAUCCACACGGGAGCGCACGUUCGCGUGCCACAUCCUUCAGCGAAAUGACAUAAUUUCGCUUCGCUAUGCUGUUUCUGAUAGAAACGUGGUAGAUUGGAACCCAUAGAUAGGACGAGGAUACAUAUACAUAGAUAGGACUAGGAUACAUAUAUUUGAUGAACUGGAAAGUCGGGCCAUUUUUUUUGUCGAGGGAGGUAAGAAACGUGUCAAUUGGAUUCUGAAUCGUGACCGCGUCUCGUCUAACUAGCAUUUUCUAUGGCUUCCCCAGCCAUGCAACAGCCCAGUUACCUUCUGGCCAACCUGAAAAUGGACUCGACCACCAAGCCUUUUCUCCAGUGUUGCCAGGAGCUGGUGAAGGUCAUUGAUGACUACCCUGCAAAGGAGCUGCACCUGAUUUUCCCCUGGCUGGUAGAGAGUGUUUUUGGCAGUCUGGAUGGUGUCAUCGUGGGCUGGAAUUUGGGAUUUCUGCAGGCGUGCAGCAAUCAAUACAACAUCGUUAUGGACUUUCUCAAUCCUAGUGGUCCAAUGAUGAAGCUUGUGUACAAGCUUCAAGCAGAGGAAUACAAAUAUGAAAUACCAGUCAGCUUCCUGCCUGGUCCUGUAAAGGUGUCCAUACAGGAAGGCGUUCUCCCAGAUUGCCCACUUUUAAACAACAAGCUGCAUUUUCCUCUGUCUGGUCUGCAGACACUCAGCCUGGCACUCAAUCCCUUUGAAUAUUACAUGUUUAUGUUUGCCUCCAGUCUCAUAACACCAAAGAACUACUCUCUAGGACAGCAUGUGAGCAGCUUGGAUAGUGCAUACUUUGCGCUAGUGGACACCUACCUCAAGUAUUUCCUUCCUACAGAGGGUAGUGUUCCCCCUUCUCCAUUCACCUACAAAAGAGGCUCUGUGUCUCCACCUGCUCCCAGGGCUCCCAGCGUACCUUUUGCAGGGUAUGGCAUCCACAGCACCAGCCUCCUUAAGCGCCACAUAUCCCAUCAGCCCUCAGUCACUGCUGACCCUGCAGCCCAGGAGAUCUGGAGGUCAGAGGCAUUACUACAGGUGUUUGUGGAGAUGUGGCUGCAUCACUACUCCCUGGAGAUAUAUCAGAAGCUGCAGUCCCCCCAGGUGAAGGAGCCAUUCACCCCAACAGAGGAGCACGUUCUGGUGGUUCGUCUCCUAGUGAAGCACCUCCAUGCCUUCUCCUGCAGCCUGAAACCUGAGCAGGUCUCCUCCUCGGCUCACUCCCACACCAGCCCAUUGGAGGAGUUGAAGAGGGUGGUGGUACAUCGUUUUGUCCAGCAGAAGCUAUAUGUGUUCCUCCAGCACUGCUUUGGCCACUGGCCUUUAGAUGCCUCUUUCAGAGUGGUGUUGGAGACGUGGCUUAGCUACAUCCAGCCAUGGAGGUACACAGGAGAGAAGACCAAUCCUCAGACAGACCAGAACAAAGGUGUACCUGAGAAAUGGAGCUUGUUUGUUCAGGAGAACCUGCUCAUGUACACCAAGCUCUUUCAGGGCUUCCUUAACAGGGUGGUACGCACAGACCUGGUCAACGUCAAAAAUGCACUAAUAGUCUUCAGGGUGGCCAAAGUCUUUGCUCAGCCAAACCUAUCGGAGAUGAUUCAGAAAGGAGAGCAGCUGUUUCUGGAGCCGGAGCAUGUCCUCCACCACCGGCAGCACCGGUGCUUCCUCUCGCCAGGCCACGGUGGCAGCUUUUUAUCGGCCCGGCAGCCUGCGGUGACAGACAGGGUGUUCAGGGUGAAGAGCCACGUGUAUGGUCUGGAGGGCCAGGACUGUCAGUAUAAACAGAUGUUCGGCACAGAGCUGAGGGGCACGGUCUUGAAGCUCAUUCAGAUCAUCGACCAGGCGAGGCAGACCGCCAAGAAGAUAUCAGAUCAGUCAGCUGAGGUGGCGGCCAACAACUCCUUCAUGUCCUGGUUUGGAAUGGGCUCCCCUGACCUCAACUACACCUUCAAUGGAGGAGAGGUGGAUGACACCGGGGUGUGUGUUAAGAAGACCCAUGAGUUUCUGGAGAGGUCACUGGACUACCUCUGUCAGAUAUUUCGGCUGAAUGCAGGACACCUGUCUCAGCUGAUGGCUACCCUAGGCUCUGGUCAGGACGAUGGGAACUCCAAGCAGCUACCAGACUGUGUUCAAGGGGAGAACGGACUCAUCCUCACAGACCUGGGCCGGAUGCAGGUCAUCAAUGGACUGCGUAGAUUUGAGAUAGAGUACCAAGGGGACCCAGAGCUUCAGCCCAUCAGGAGCUAUGAGAACACCAUCUUGGUCAGACUGUUUUUCAAGAUCUCAUCUCUGGUGAAUGAGAGGUUCGGAGGUCACAUGGAUGCUCUGUGCUCGCGGCCGGACUUCCUGGGCCAGUUGGGACGGUACUACCUGGCCAGCCCCGAGGCCGCGGCGGAUGGCAGGCGCAGGAGCCCAGAGACGCGACUAACAGCAGAGAGGUACCGACGGCCGCGUCUAAGCCUGCGCAUGCUGGCGAGCUACAGAACCCUGCUGAUGCUUCUACUGCUCUACCUGUUUGGGGCACUGUUCUCAUUCGGCCCCAUGUCCAGCACACUAUUCAUCCUUACAGGAGGAUUUCUCUACGGACUCUUAGUUGCCCUGUUUGGAGAUAAACUCAAGUUCCAGUAGCAAGAGAAUGAAAUGGCUUUUUUUGCCACUUGCCUUCAUGCUUGGGCCAUCUAUUGUGAUACAAUUUGUUUCUUUUUAAUAUUGUAAAUAAAUUCAAGCACGUUGCUGUUUGGAUGACGUUACGCUAAAUAUUAAUAUUUUUAAGCAGUUUUACUGGUUGGUAUGUGAAGGAUUGUUGUUUGAUUUAAAAAUCUAACAAGAUAUUGAAUGUUUGUCACUUGAACAAUGAAAGGAUGUUGGUGAUUAUCCUCAAACUACAAGAUUUACAGGUGUAAUAAAGACUCUUGCACUAGUAGUUUUACCUCAA